AUGAAAAAGCAAAACUAUGGACUUUUAUCGAACCAGUACUGUUGUCGUUGCAAAUUGGAAAAUGAAUAUCCAUUUAAAAAGAAAUAUAAUUUCAGAGAAUUUCCAACAGCAGAUAAAUGUACCUGUUGUACCUGCAAAAAUCAGAAAAAGAAUAUAAUCGAAUAUUAUUGUGAUGAUGAUAAUGGAAAAAUAGAUGAUCAAACAUUGAAUUCUUUUUUAGCUUUAAGGCAAAAAGCUUGUAGAUUCAUAAAUUCAGAAUCAGAUUAUUCUUCUAAUGCAGACAAUAUUAAUUUUUGCCAUUGUCAAAAUCAAAUAUUAAAAUCAGAAGAAAGCCCAGUGAAAAAAAUGCAGCAAAUUAUUAAUUAUUCUCCUAAUUCGCAAUUUUUAAAGAAAAUGAAAAGUCCCGAGUGGAACAACUCGCAGGAAAAUUCAAAGCGAAGAAAUCCUGUGCCAAAUUCAAAUGAUACAGUUCCAAGGAUGUAUGAGGAAUGUGUUGAAAAAUCCAAUGAAAUAGUAUCUCUACUGCAGAAAAUAAGUAAACUUAAAUCACCUGUUAAUAGUCAAACAAAUAACGAAUGCAAGCCAUGUACUUGUCACGAAGAUGAAGAAGAAAGUGAAGGAGAGGAAAGAAUGGGAGAGGAUAGAAUGGGAGAACGAAAGUUUGAUCUAAAUUCGUUCGUUGACACGUGUAAAAAUUUUGUAGAAGAAUUGAAAAUAAUUGUUGAAAAUAUGUUGAGUCGACAAAUUGUUGAUGAUCAAGAUGUAGACGAAUAUUAUGAUGAUGGUCAGAACAUGGCAGAAAAACAACUCAGAAAAGGAUCAGGAAAAUAUCAACAUAUUUCAAGAUCAAAAAAAAGAGUAAAGUGUAGAGGAAGAAAUAAAAGGAAAGCGGAUGAACCGGAAAAAAGUUCUCAGGAAAAUUUCGAUCCCAAUUUAAAACAACCUCAGGAAAAUUUUGAACCUAAAUUAAAACAGCCUCAUGAAAAUUCGUGUGAAAGAUGUUGGAGAUAUGCUUCUCCAGCUAGAUCCCCUGUUAAUAAACCGGAUCAAAGGUACGAUCCAAACUUUCGGAAAGCUCAUUCUGCUCACGAAUUAACGUCCAGCGAAACUGACAAAGAUGAUCGAAUUUAUGAUGCUGAUGAAAAUAAUCCACCUUUGAGAUACGAACAACCAAUGAUGAGAGAAAAAUUACCCCAACAUGAAGCCCCUCAAAUGAGAUCGCCUCCUGUGAAAAGUCCACCUCCUGUUAGAAAUUAUAGUCAAGGAAAAUACGCUAGUCCAGAAUAUUCAAAUAGAGGAAGGUCGCCAAAGAAAAAAAUAACUUCUCCAGAUUCCGAUCAAUUUCCCGUAAUUGACGAUUGGGAAACUACAGAAUAUAUGCGAAUGCCACAUGGAGGAUAUCCCGAGGAAAGAAGAGAUUUUUACAAUUAUCCACCUGAAAGAGGAAGGGAAGUUUAUGCUGCGCCGUCCGAAAGAGGAAGAGAAACGUAUCCUGUAACGACUGCAAGAAGAAGAAAAGCGUAUAAUGCUCCGCCCGUAAGAGGAAGAGAAAUUUAUGUUCCUCCUCCCGAAAGAGGAAGAGAAACUUAUCCUAUGACGACGGAAAAAAGAAGAGAAGUUUACGUUCCCGAAAGAGGAAGGGAAACUUAUGUCGUGCCGCCGGGAAGAGAAUUUUAUGCAGGAGGUCCGGAUAAUAUACGUUCACCGCCCUAUCAAAGUUUAAGGGCAACACCAAGAAGUCCAUCUUAUAUGAAUGAUUGGGAGAGUACAAACUAUAAGGAAAUUUAUGAUAAUAUUAAAAUACUUAAUGAAAGCGGAUUUCCUCCACAAACGCCCUCACGCUUUAACAAUGCUUUUAUAAAUGCUCCGCCUGUAAGAACUCGAUCAUCAAGUUCGGUAAAUGCAAGGAAAAAAAAUAAAACAUCCAGUGGAAAAAGACCUAAAACAGCAGUUAAUAGACAAGCACCACCAAGCGCGAAAAGUGCUAAAACUGCCGCCCCCUAUCCAAAAGGAAAAAGUUUCAGUCGUUGUGAAUGUCAAAAAGUAAUGGACCAAGUGAGACAAAUAAGUUCUGAAGAGGAAAACUCCGGGAAAAAAUUGUGUUGCCAAUGUCGCAGACGAUUGGAAGAGCAGUGCAUUCAACUUUCCGACGUUCAAUCCGGUGUAAAUUCAUCACCUCGCGAUAGAUCUGUCAGUUUUCAACAUUUGGCAUCAGCUGACAAACGUCCAUGCAAUCCAGAUAAUGAACGGAGACGAAGUCAGAGCAGUUACACGUCUCGUAGAGAUGAACCUCCCCAUAAUGAUGCUGUACCUGGUAAAAAUUCACCCGACGACCAAGCACGAAGACGUUUCGAAGCAAGAGAAUAUGCAAAAUAUUAUAGAAACAGCGAAGAACAAAACGUGCCAUAUAAGCCCAAUCAAUCUUUUCCGAUAGAUCCUUUGAAAAAAGAAAGUCCUAGAAGACGGUAUCAAUCUUAUAACGUUCAAGUUGCUCCCAAACAAUAUUCUGUGUUUUACAUGACGAAAGAUCAAAAUAGUAAAGGGAAUGAAGUAGAAGUACUCAUUGAAGAAUUGACGGAAAAAAACAAAGAUGACAAACCAGAAUUCAAGAACGUCCACGGGAUUCUAUGGCUCUCAGGUUUCAAAAAGGCGUAG